CGUCCGCGCCUCUAACGUCCGCACGUCUAACGUCUGCGUCUCUAUUCGCGCCUCUAACGUCCGCGUCUCUAUUCGCGCCUCUAACGUCCGCGCCUCUAACGUCCGCGCGUCUAACGUCAGCACCUCUAACGUCCGCGCGUCUAACGUCCGCGCGUCUAACGUCCGCGCCUCUAACGUCCGCGCCUCUCACGUCCGCGCCUCUCACGUUCGCGCCUCUAACGUCUGCGCGUCUAACGUCCGCGCCUCUAACGUCCGCGCCUCUAACGUCCGCGCCUCUAACGUCCGCGCCUCUAAC